UCAUAUGCACAUUGCAAACCAACACCUUUCCAUUAAAAUCAUUGCAUUUUUUUGUCAGCAAUUAUGAGAUUUGAAAUGCAAUUCUGCUCGAUUUUCUUGAUCUUUAUUUUUCUAUUGAUAACUUUUACUUGUGGUCAAUUCCAAAUUCGUCCCACAUACAGAGACAAGCAUCGCCUACCCAAAUACCAAUUAACUAGAAUUCCAUUAAAAACCGACUCAUUCACGGUCAGUGGACAUUCGUCUGGGGCAGCGGCAGCGACACAUUUCUACUUGUCUUAUUAUGCCGCAAAUUCGGAUGGAAUUGCACUUUUCUCAUCCAUCCACUUUCUUUGUGGUGGGGGCAGCUUGGUCACUCUUAUCCCAUGUCUACGUGGCUGGGGGAACUCGACCGAUUCAAUUCGAUUAGCACAUCUUUUCGCCAAUGCAAAUCUUAUCGAGCCAUUAGAUCAUAUGAGGCAUAAACGACACUACAUUUUUCACGGAAAUGCAGAUCCAGUCAUACAUUUUGACAGUGGUGUCAAAGUGUUUGAAUUUUUCGACAAUUUUAGCGAUAAUGUCAGAUUCAAGUGUUACAACGCUGCCCAUUCUUUGCCCACAAAAACUUGUGGCAUUUCGUGCGGUGGAAUACCAUCCAACCCAGGCACAGGGUGCAGUAAGUGCGAUUUUUCUGCGAUAUAUGAUGGACUGAACUAUUUAUAUGGAGGAAAUCUGGUGGAACCGACAACUACGACUUGUCGCCCCAAGUACAACAAGGACGGUCUUACUUUCGCUGACCAAUCCGAGUUUAUGUCGCCGCUGACAUUGAGAACUGCGUCCCUGUUGCCAGACGCCGUCCUUUAUACACCUCCGCAGUGUCGUGUAAAUUCGUCCCUGUGCACUUUGCACAUUGCAUUCCAUGGUUGUCGACAUUCAAUACAAAAUGACGGGAUGGACUAUCUAAAGUGUUCUGGAUACAUGGAGAUGGCUGACUCAAACAAUUUUAUCGUUUUGUUCCCUCAAGUGAGACAAUCCCCACUGGAUGCGAUCACGCUAUUCCACUGCUGGGAUUUGUACGGAUAUACGGGGCCACUUUAUGGGACAAGACUUGGCAGUCAAAACCAAGUUAUUGCACGAAUGGUGGGACGAAUUUUAGGAAUUGAUGUAAGUCUAAAUCCAAUCAGUAUCAAGCCAGGAGCCGAAGAUAGUGAUUAUUUUAAUUAACUCGAAUAUAAAGUUAAUUUAUAUUUGGUAAUUAACAGAUAAUGUAAAAUAAUAAUAUAAAAUUAUUAAUUUUAUAUGAA